AAAAUGAAAAAUUAUAUAGUUAGAGAAUGGGCAGAAAUUAUCUCAGACCCUGUUAGUUUUGGAGAUCAAGAACAAAAAGUUGUUCAACAUGUUGACCUCCCCUUAGUAAAAAAUGAAUUGUCAAUAACAUUAAGAAUAAGCCUAAAACAACAUGCAUUCGACUGGGCCUCUAUUUUUCAUAAAGGUACCGAAAAUUUAAUCCAUACUCCAGGACUCCGGUUUACUCCUCACAAAUCUGCAUUGCACGCUCGAUUCACGGAAAACUGGAAUGGAAAUGUUGGGAUUGAAGCGCUUGAUGGACUUUCAUUACAACAAUGGUACCAUAUAACUUAUACACUUUCUGAUCCUGAAAAAAGGUUGGAUAUCUACAUAAAUG